CAGCAAAACGAGGACGGUUCUUGUCUGCAGCAGAAGGUGGAGACGGGAUACCGGGGCAGCUCGUCGUUUACAGCGAGGGACAGGAAGAUGAACGGCUGGCUGUUAUGGGUGGCGCUUUGCACCCUGCGCUGGCACUGUGUGCGGGGGUCGGAUGAUAUCGUGGUUGGCUGCGGGGGGUUUGUGAAAUCCGACGUGGACAUUAAUUAUUCUCUGAUCGAGAUGAAGUUAUACACCAAACAAGGCUCUCUGAAGUAUCAGACAGACUGCGCUCCUAACAAUGGUUACUUCAUGAUUCCUCUAUAUGAUAAGGGGGAUUUUAUACUUAAGAUCGAGCCUCCUGCAGGGUGGAGUUUUGAUCCAACGAGUGUUCCCCUUCACGUGGACGGAGUAAACGACAUCUGUACAAAAGGGGAAGAUAUAAAUUUUUUUUUCACUGGCUUCUCAGUUAGUGGAAAGGUCCUCAGCAGGAAUCAGGAUGCGGGUCCUGUUGGUGUGCAGGUCGCCAUGCAAAGAGCUGGGAGCGGAAUUAACUUACAGACCACCGUUACUCAGACAGGAGGAAAGUUUGCAUUUUACAAAGUGCUUCCAGGAGAAUAUGAAAUAGUUGCAUCUCACCCCACUUGGCUUUUAAAAGAGGCAGCAACCACUGUUCAAGUGACCAAUUCGAAUGCCCAGGCCUUAAAUCCUCUUAUUGUUGCUGGUUACGAUGUGGCGGGCUCUGUUCGCAGUGAUGGAGAGCCAAUGAAGGGAGUCAUGUUCCUGCUCUUUUCGUCAUCAGUCAGUAGAGAGGAUAUUUUGGGCUGUGAUUUAGCUCCUGUCGAAGGCUUCCAGGGUAAAGAUGAGUCCUUAUCAUACCUUUGUCACAUCACAUCCCAGGAAAAUGGCAUGUUUACAUUCCAGUCCUUGCCAAGCGGGGACUACAGCGUGAUACCCUUUUACAGGGGUGAAAGGAUCACGUUUGAUGUUGCUCCUUCCCGGCUGGACUUCAGUGUGGAACAUGACAGCCUCACAUUAGAGCCCGUGUUCCAUGUGAUGGGCUUCUCUGUGACUGGAAGGGUUUUGAAUGGACCUGAAGGUGAAGGAGUUGCAGAUGCCAUUGUUACGCUCAAUAAUCAGAUGAAGGUUACAACGAAUGCAGACGGAUCUUUCCGUUUGGAAAACAUGACUGCCGGCACUUACAGUAUCGAUGCACAGAAGGAGCACACGUACUUUGAUACGUUAACAGUGAAAAUUGCACCGAGCACUCCACAGCUGGCUGACAUCGUAGCAGCGAGAUUUAGCAUUUGUGGGACAAUUUCUAUAAUAAAUUUCCCCGAAAAUAUGAAACCAUUCAGUAAAUAUAAAGUUACUCUGACACCACAAGACAAGGAGAGGACCUCAGUCCUUACAACAGAGUCUGACUCUCGCGGAGGGUUCUGUUUCCAAGCUCGGAGGGGAUCCUACAACAUUCAGGUAACCAUUCCCGAAGCUGAAGUUAAAGCCGGGCUUGCCUUAAAACCAGCAGUAGUCCCCGUGACAGUAACAAACAAGCCAAUUUUGGAUGUGUUAUUUUCACAAUUCAUGGCGUCGGUUUCUGGAAAGGUGUCGUGCUUAGAUGCUUGUGGUGAUCUGACCGUAACGUUACAGUCAACGAGCCGCCAAAGAGAGAAGCGCAGUUUGCAGAUCUCUGGGAAAACUGGAGCAGCGACCUUUACGUUUGAAGAUGUUUUACCUGGAAAAUAUAAACUGAGCAUUAUCCAAGAAGACUGGUGCUGGAAAAACAAGUCCUUGGAAUUUGAAGUUGCAGAAGAAGACAUCGUAGGGUUAGAGCUGAGACAGACCGGCUACAUGUUGAGAUGCUCUCUAUCUCAUGCAAUUACUCUGGAGUUUUACCAGGAUGGAAGUGGACCGGAGCAAGUUGGGGUUUACAACUUAACAAAAGGGAUCAAUCGAUUCUGCCUUUCCAAGCCAGGAGUUUACAAAGUCACUCCAAAAUCCUGCCAUCGCUUUGAGCAUCCGUAUUACACUUACGACACGUCUUCUCCCACCAUACUGACUCUGACAGCAGUUCGGCAUCAUGUCCUCGGGGUGAUAACUGCAGAUAAGCUGAUGGAUGUGACCGUCACGAUUAAAUCAUCUAUAGACAGUGAACCAGCACUUGUUUUAGGGCCAUUAAAGUCCAUCGAAGAGACAAGAAGAGAGCAACAGCUGCUAGAAAUUGAAGCUCGUAGACUGGAGAGAGAGAAGGCUGGUACAGAAGGAGCCGAGGUCCAGCCGCCCGUUCAGGAGUUUGUGGAAGAACUGCAGGGGCCCUUCUCAUACGAAUUCUCUUACUGGGCCAGGUCUGGGGAAAAGAUUACAGUAACGCCUUCAUCCAAAGAACUCCUCUUCUAUCCGCCAUCUGUGGAAACAUUUGUUAGUGGAGAAAGCUGCCCAGGAAAGAUGAUAGAAAUUUAUGGAAAAGCCGGUUUGUUCCUUGAAGGACAAAUUAACCCUGAACUGGAAGGUGUUGAGAUUGUGAUAAGUGAAAAGGGAGCGGCUUCACCUCUUAUAACUGUGUUUACAGAUGACAAAGGUUCAUAUAGUGUUGGACCAUUACAUAGUGACUUGGAGUACACAAUCGCCGCACAAAAGGAAGGGUUUGUGAUGACUGCUGUUGAGGGAACAGUAGGAGAUUUUAAUGCUUUCGCCCUUGCUGGAGUGACAUUUGAGAUCCGAUCUGAAGAUGACCAGCCCCUGGCAGGCGUUCUUUUAUCGCUCAGCGGGGGAAUGUUUCGCUCAAACCUCCUUACCCAGGAAAACGGGAUGUUAACGUUUUCUAACCUGAGCCCUGGCCAGUACUACUUUAAGCCUAUGAUGAAGGAAUUUCGGUUUGAGCCUUCCUCCCAAAUGAUCGAGGCGCAAGAGGGGCAGAACCUGAAGAUUACAAUUACCGGCUAUAGAACCGCUUACAGCUGUUACGGGACAGUGUCUUCCCUUAAUGGAGAACCAGAGCAAGGCAUAGCAGUGGAAGCCAUGGGACAGGGCGACUGUUCUCUUUAUGGAGAAGACACGGUCACGGAUGAGGAGGGGAGAUUCCGAUUACGUGGGUUACGGCCGGGAUGUGUUUACCACGUACAGCUAAAAGCUGAAGGAAAUGACCACAUUGAGCGUGCUUUGCCAACUUAUCGGGCAAUAGAGGUUGGCAGCAACGAUAUCGACGAAAUAAACAUUAUCGCUUUCCGUCAGAUUAACCAGUUUGAUUUAACUGGAAAUGUUAUCGCAAAGGAUGAAUAUCUGUCGACUCUAUUGGUGAAGCUUUACAAAAGUGACAACCUGGACAACCCAAUACAGUCCGUAUCUUUGGGGCAAUCGCUAUUUUUCCAUUUCCCUCCUCUGCUUAGAGAUGGAGAGAAUUACGUUGUGCAGUUGGAUUCCACUUUACCGAAAUCUCAGCACGACUACACACUGCCUCACGUAUCCUUCAGCACUGCUGGGUACAGCAAGCACAUCACGCUGCAGUUCAAUCCUUCGCGAAAGCUGCCUGAACAGGAUAUUGUCCAGGGGUCCUACCUCGCUCUCCCUUUGACACUAUUGUUGCUGCUAGCGGGAUAUAAUCAUGAUAAGUUGAUUCCCCUGCUGCUGCAGUUGACAAGCCGAUUGCAAGGAGUUCGUUCUCUUGGACAGACAGGAACUGACAACGGCAGCCCAGAGGAUGCAAAAAGGCUUCCUAAGAGACAAAAGACACGGCGGACGUGAAGAACAGAGAAGAUAUGAAGGAUCAUCGAUGUCAACCUUGUCACUUGAGACACGUUUUGGAAACUCAUCGUUUGGAAGAAAGUACAGUUUUGAUACAGACUCCUUUUCUCAGCACGACACGUUUGUACAUUUUUGAUGUAUAUAUUAAGAUAAAGUUGGGUUUUAAUUUAAAAUUAAAUGGGCUGAUUUCACCACUUUUGAUAUUCAAGUUCUCCAGUGCAAGUCAUUUUUUUCCCUAUCGCAGAAACGCCUGAUGACUUCCUAACUGCCAUGAAUGAAUUUACCUUUGUAAAGCGAUUCCCACGGAAGAUCUAAUAAAGCGUGGCAUGAUUAUCUUGCGGUUAUAUGUUGUUUUUCGUUACCUGUUAUCUGUGUUCAGUCUUCUGGGUCGGGCACCAGGCACAAGGAAGAAAACACAUGGAGCCUAAAAGACUUUGGGUAAUAACCUUAGGAUUACACAGGACUGUUAAAAUCUCAACAACCAUGUUUGCCGCGUUUUGCUCUUCUGUACAGGAUUCCUCUGUCACUGUGGUAUUGUCUCGUAAACCCGUGUUCUUCAAUAAAUAAUAAGAGCAUU